UUUCCUUGUUGCCGGGUCUGGCUAUUGACGGUUGGAGCCGUUGGUGUUUGAAGAGCGGGAGCGGCCGGCGCGAGGGGCGGGGAGUGACUCAGGUCACUGGACGCUCUGUGUUCAUGGGACUGGCAGGUCGGUCCCAGGCAGCACUGCAAGCUGACCUGUUUAUUGGUCUUCCACAGUGCCACUGUGGAAGGAAUUGAGUCAAAAUGUCACCAGAAGUUGCCUUAAACAGAAUUUCCCCUGCACUUCGUCCCUUUAUCUCCAAUGUCGUCAGAAAUGGAAAAAUUGGCUUAGAUGCUACAAACAAUCUGAAAAUAACUGACCUUAAAUCUGGGUGCACAUCACUGACACUUGGACCCUGUUGUGACCGGUUUAAGCUACAUAUUCCAUAUGCUGGAGAAACCCUAAAAUGGGACAUUAUUUUCAACUGUCACUACCCAGAUCUGCCUCCAGAUUUCAUCUUUGGAGAAGAUGUGGAUUUUCUGCCUGAACCCACAAUGCUGCAUCAUCUGAAUGACUGGAACUCCCAGAAUCCAGACUGUCUUCUGCUUGUAAUUAAAGAACUGGUGCAACAGUACCACAAAUACCAGUGUGAUCGACUCCAUGAGAGCUCACGUCUUAUGUUUGAAUAUACAGCACUGCAGGAGGGGCCUGAAUUUGGAGACAACAUGGAAAUCUAUGCAGGAAGAAAGAAUAACUGGACCGGUGAAUUUUCUGCCCGUUUUCUUUUGAAGCUGCCAGUGGAUUUCAGCAACAUACCAAUAUACCUGCUCAAGGAUACAGUAAUAGACCCAGGAGAAGAUGUUGCUCUCCUUUCUGUCAGUUUUGAGGAUACUGAAGCUACUCAGGUGUUUCCUAAACUGUACCUAUCUCCAAGGAUUGAACAUGCGCUUGGUGGGACCUCUGCUCUCCAUAUCCCAGCGUUUCCCAGUGGUGGUUGUCUCAUUGAUUACGUGCCACAAGUUUGCCAAUUGCUCAAUAAUAAGGUGCAGUAUAUCAUUCAGGGUUAUCACAGACGAAGAGAGUAUAUUGCAGCCUUUCUAAGUCACUUUGGAACAGGUGUUGUGGAAUAUGAUGCUGAAGGAUUCACCAAACUUGCGUUAUUACUAAUGUGGAAGGACUUUUGUUUUUUAGUUCAUAUUGAUUUGCCCUUAUACUUUCCUCGGGAUCAGCCCACCUUGACGUUCCAGUCCGUGUAUCAUUUUACCAACAGUGGACAACUCUAUCAACAGAUACAGAAAUCCUAUCCGUACAGUCCUCGCUGGGAUGGCAACGAGAUGGCUAAAAGAGCAAAGGCUUACUUCAAAACAUACGUCCCUCAGUUCCAGGAGGCAGCUUUCGCUAAUGGGAAGUUAUAGUUGACACCAGAAUCCAGAAGGAAACCAAUCAGACAGAUGCAUUUGCUUAUUUUCCAAGUGCAUUGCAUUUUUUCAUUCUUCCUCCUGUGUGCUGAAGUCCAAUUGUAAGGAUUUUCACGUGGCUGCAAUUCAUUGAAGUGUGCCUAUACAUAAAUUAAGGUAUUUUCUUAAGUUGUUUAGUGAACAUAGACCAACUCAAUUCUAUGUUCCAAAUGACAUGAAAUGUUGUGAAUGAGUGAGUAAAUUGUUCCAAGUUACAAUAAAUAUUCCCAUUACAAAGCUUGAA